AUGUCCUACAACCUGGCUGCGAGUAUUGCGAGUGGACUAAGACUGGACAUGCCUCACACUUGUGGGGCGGAGAUGAAAGAACUGGUUACGAGCUGCUGGUACAAACACGCCGAAGAUAGACCAAAGUUCGCCGUGAUAGCCUUACGCGUCGAGGAUCUGUUCGAACAAGCGCAACGACUGGUACCAGACUCUGAACCACAUACGCUUGAAAGCAAGGAGAAACAAAUGGAAAAGCUUAAACAGAAAAUUGAUGCCAAAGGUUCGAUUGGCCUCGACGGAUACGAAAGGAUUCACUCGACUGGAUAUGUAGCAGCAGACCAUGUUGUCCAAGGCAACAGUCCAGGUAUGUCCAAUGUUGGAGCUUGA